AUGUUGGCCAACUUAGCUGUGCUCAUCAGCCUCGGCACUUCUGCUCUAGCUGGAAGUGUUUCCUAUGCUUUGGCUGAGAGGGCAACGCCAGAUCUCAAAUCGUUGCUAUCACAGCCACAGCAUGCAUGGUGCUCCGGUACUCAAGUAUUCUUCCCGGGCCAAGCAAAUUAUGCCAACCUCACCACACAAAGAUGGAGCACAUACGAGGAACCGACCUACUUUGCAUCAGUCAAGCCUGCAUGUGUUAAAGACGUGAUCACCGUCGUCAAAAUUGCCACUGCCAACAAUAUUCCGUUUCUCACGACCGGUGGGGGCCACUCGUUCAGUAUCAACCUCAACAAAAUCCAGAAUGGUCUUGAGCUCGACAUGGGAGGGCUCAAGUCUGUCAAUGUAGACAAAGCCGCAAGUACCAUGACAAUCACUGGUGCCAUCACAUUCAUCGAAGUCGUUGCCCCACUGUACGCUGCGGGUAAAGAAAUCCCAACUGGCUCAUGCGGGUGUGUUGGCUUCGUCGGUGGAACCAUGGGAGCUGGCGUGGGCCGCUACCAAGGUAUCCACGGCUUGAUCAUUGACAGCUUGCUCAGUGUUGAUUUGGUCACGGCUGCUGGCAAUCUCGUCACGGCAUCCGCGACCCAAAACUCCGACCUUUUCUGGGGUUUCCGCGGAGCCGGCAUGAAUUUCGGUGUUGUCACGAGCGCUACUUACCAGGUUCACGACCUUACCAACGGUGGUGUAGUCCAGGAUGCGGAUAUGAUCUUCUUGGCUCCUCAAAAUGUGUCAUAUUUCAAUACUUUAGCAUCUCUUUCAGGAACGCUUCCGCCGGAGCUCUCCCUUAUCAGUUACGUUGCUUACAAUUCCACUGCUGGCGUUCAGGAAAUCAUCCUUAAUGCCGUCUACCCGGGCCCCAUGGCUACCUUUAUGACCCUCAUCAAACCAUUCCUCGACCUCAAACCCGUCGUCCAAGUUGUCCACACCCUCACCUGGAGCAGUCUCCUCGAAACCGCCGGUUUCGCCCUCGACGCCAGCGUCUGCGCCAAAGGAAAACCGCACUCCGGCUUCGCGACCGGAGUCAAAAACCUCUCCGCACCCACCUUCAUUGACGCCUUCGACAAAUACGGCGCCAUGUACGCCAAGUACCCGGAAACGCAAGGUUCCGUUUUGGAGAUCGAAUUCUUCCCCACCCAAGCCGUCCUCGCCGUCCCGGACGACGCCACCGCUUAUCCCUGGAGGGCCGUCAACGCGCAGGUCAUGUUCGAAAUGGCCUUCCCGGGCAGCGCGACGAGCCCCGCGGGCGCGUACGCGAACGCGCUGGCGGUGGACCUGCGGAGCGAAUUCGUCAAGACGAACGGGCUCCCCCAGAUGGAAAUCUACGUCAGCUAUGCGCACGGGGACGAGGAUCCGAUCUACACGUUCGGGGCGGAGAAGUUGCCGAGGCUGGUCGCGUUGAAGAAUCUGUGGGAUCCGAAGGAUGUGUUUAGCCAUGACAAGCCGAUCCCGCAGAAGUGGCCUUGA